UUUAUGUCGUAAGCUUUUCUUUUCUAAUGAUGAAAAGUUUUUAUUACCGGUUUAUGGAUGAUUUAUAAUGUUAAUUGAGACGAUUCCAAUGAUUAAUCAGUUUCGCAAUAAGGUUGAACGAUAAUCAAAUAUCAGGAAUCGGUAUGAGCCUCAUUAUUGUGGUAGUGUAGACCUCGUGGUGCUUGUGCAAAUGUUGAACGGAUUGAGCGAAGACGAGAGCAGUAACUCCCAUAGAACAGUAGAGGACAAGGACAGAAUGAGCGGAGGAGGUGGCGCGGGUGGACCAACCGCAAGCAGCGCAGGUCUCGCGGCGUGGGAGCGGGAGCUAGCGCACACUCGACGACUGCUCUGGGGUGAUCACGUCAAGGACGACGUGUUUCGGCGCUGGGCGCAAGGAUUCACUUUUAGCGAGAAUGAACCAAGUGCUCUCAUACAGCAGGAAGGCGGUCCCUGCGCUGCUAUUGCCCCAGUGCAAGCUUUCCUAUUGAGGAUACUCUUGUCUGAGGCACCUGGUCACAGCUUCCGUGACCUCACCUCAGAGAAAUGUAACUCACUUCUAGUUAGGGCUGUGUGUACCAUACUAAGCCAGUGUUUAGCUCCUAAGUACAAUGUAGCUGUGUACUGCAAGCACGAAUCUGAAGCGGAGACUAGUAACACUAACAGCAUUAGUGCGGAUGAACAGUCAAGUGAUACCAUUGAGCUAUUUCAUCGGCGGAUUGAGGUGCAUUCAUUUCAGUCAUUAACUGAAGUGGAAUCUUUCUACACAAGAAACAUUCGUAUAUUGAAGGACAAGUACGGUGUUCUUCUACUUUUGUAUAGUGUCAUUCUCAGCAAAGGAGUUACUACUGUAGAGAUGGAGUUAUCAGAGCUGUCAGACCCUCUUAUACACUCUACUUAUGGUUAUGGUUCCCAGGGACUUAUAAACCUCAUGCUUACUGGCAGAGCUGUAGCACAUGUUUGGGACCAUGACCAGGUUGUGGGAGGUUUGCGGUUGCGAGGAAUUGAGAGGCAGAAUGACAUUGGAUUUCUUACAAUAAUGGAACACAUGCAAUACUGUACAGUAGGUUCCUUCUACAAGAAUCCUAAACAUGCUGUGUGGGUCUUAGCAUCAGAGACCCAUCUUACAGUGCUGUUCUCUUUGGAGCGGCGUCUUGCAGCACCUGAAACAGCCGGAGAAUCAGCUGAACGCAUCUUCCGGUCAUUUGACCCUGAAGGGAAUAAUUUUAUACCAUCUGCAGCAUUACAGGAUGUCUUAUGUGCUGCUGAUUUAGUGAGUGAACCAGAAUAUGUUGAACUAAUGCGACGCAAGCUUGACUCUGAAAAUCUGGGUAUCAUCCUGCUAAGUGCAUUCAUGGACGAAUUCUUCCCUGGCUGUGAACGAGGAGCACCUGAUACUUUCACGCUAUACCACUACAAUGGAUUGCCGAGGAGUAACCCCGGCGGGCGGGUAGUGUAUCGAACGGGGCGAGCCGCGCUGCUGGAGUGCCCCCUACGCGCUUCGAGCACUGACCCUAUGCUCACAUGCCUGCAGACGAAGUGGCCCAGUAUUGAUGUUGUGUGGGAUGAUGGUCAUUCCCCUUCACUCAACUAGCACCCUACACUGUGCUGUUUGUGUAUUGUGACUGUGACAUGAAUCUAACUAUUAAUGUCGCUGAAAAUUCCAUUAUUUUAUUGUAUUAACUUAUGUGUAAAAUUUGUAUCGAAUAAUGUUGAGGCUCAGUGAAGGUCCUUGCACUGAUAUGGGCAGCUAUUUUGUGAAACCGCCACAAAUGGGGUAUACUGUCGCUGGCCUGUGAGUUUUUUGCAGCCCAUUAUUCACUGGAUGAUAAUAUACACUUAAAUUACUUGACUAUGCUAGAUUUAAUUUGUCUUACUACUAUUUCAUAUGAAAAGCCAUAUGCUUCAGCUGGAGAUGAUUAAUUUUAAUCUCUGCAAUGUGUUGUGACUAUAAGUUUAGCUCCAAGCUGUGAAGAGUGAUCUGUUAAUGUAAGCAAUAAGUUGGUGUCCCAUGCCUCACAUCGUAGAUAUGAGGCUGCGGCGCAACCCAGGAUGUGAUUGAUUUUCCUUUGUUUACUAUUAGUAUUUAUUUGUGUAAAUACCAAAGUGCUCUGCUCACCACACUGCGCCUUGGCUAUGGCUGAGUACGCGAAAUGUGCCUUGGUGCAGGAACAGGUGCCUACAACACCAAACUCCACGCUUGCAAUGUCACUGUUGGGAAAGCAUUGAUUUAUCUCCUGCAUAUUAUCAAACUUCAAUAUUAACAAUUCCAACAUCACAGGACUGAAAUACAAUAAAUUAUGUUUCCUUAGGCAUUAGGACAUUUUUCCAAAAUAGAUAUCGGAAUGCCUAUAGCCAAUGGCUAUUUACCAAC